CGGCGCGGAUGGCGGGCGGCGCGGGCUGGGCGGGCGCCCCCGCGGCUCUGCUGCGCUCCGUGCGCCGCCUGCGCGAGGUGUUCGAGGUGUGCGGCCGCGACCCCGACGGCUUCCUGCGCGUGGAGCGCGUCGCGGCGCUCGGGCUGCGCUUCGGCCAGGGAGAGGAGGUGGAAAAACUUGUGAAAUAUCUGGACCCCAACGACCUGGGGAGAAUCAACUUCAAGGACUUUUGCAGAGGGGUGUUCGCCAUGAAAGGCUGUGAGGAACUGCUGAAGGAUGUGCUGUCCGUGGAGAGCACAGGGCCACUGUCCUGCAUGCCAGAGAUCUCUGACUGUGGGGAGCAGGAGAGCGAGGGACCAGACCCCACCUUUGCUGAUGGCGAGCUCAUCUCCCGGGAACCCAGCUUCUUUCCUGAAGAUGAAGAGGAGGCUAUGAUGCUGGCGCCCCCCGAGGGCUCUCUGGACUCUGACAUGGACAGCCCCAUGGAGAGUACCCAUUUGGAGGGGUCUGUCGGGUGCCCCCCUGAAAAGGAUGGGGGGCUCCGGGGCCUCUUUCUGCCAGAGGACAAGUCCCUGGUGCACACACCAUCCGCGACACCAUCGGACCUGUCUACACACUCCACCACGUCACUUCUCAGUAGUGAGGAGCAGUUUGAAGACUAUGGGGAGGGGGACGAUGUGGACUGUACUCCCAGCAGCCCUUGUCCAGAUGACGAGACCCGGACCAACGUCUACUCGGACCUGGGCUCUUCUGUAUCUUCCAGUGCUGGGCAAACUCCCAGGAAGACACGGCACAUGUACAACAGUGAACUGCUGGAUGUUUACUGCUCUCAGUGUUGCAAGAAGAUCAAUCUGCUGAAUGACUUGGAAGCGCGACUAAAAAACUUGAAGGCCAACAGCCCCAACCGAAAGAUCUCCAGCACAGCAUUUGGACGGCAGCUCAUGCACAGCAGCAAUUUCAGCAGCAGUAACGGUAGCACCGAGGAUCUGUUCCGGGACAGCAUUGACUCCUGUGACAACGACAUCACAGAGAAGGUAAGCUUCCUGGAGAAAAAGGUGACGGAACUGGAGAACGACAGUCUUACCAACGGAGAUCUGAAGAGCAAGCUGAAGCAGGAGAACACUCAGCUGGUGCACAGGGUGCAUGAGCUGGAGGAGAUGGUGAAGGACCAAGAGACGACAGCAGAGCAAACCCUGGAGGAGGAGGCCCGGCGACACCGAGAGGCCUACAGCAAGCUGGAGCGGGAGAAGAGCACGGAAAUUGAGCUGCUCAACACCAGGAUGCAGCAGUUGGAGGAAGAAAAUUCGGAUCUCACCACCACAGUGGCCCGGCUCAGGUCACAGACAGAGAAGCUGGAUGAGGAGCGGCAGCGCAUGUCUGACAGGCUGGAGGACACCAGCCUGCGGCUCAAGGAUGAGAUGGAUCUGUACAAGCGCAUGAUGGACAAGUUGCGGCAGAACCGCCUCGAGUUCCAGAAGGAGCGGGAGGCCACGCAGGAGCUCAUUGAAGACUUGCGGAAGGAGCUGGAGCACCUGCAGAUGUACAAGCUGGACUGUGAGCGGCCAGGCAGGGGCCGCAGCUCAUCCUCCAACCUGGGCGAGUUCAAUGCCAGGGCCCGGGAGGUGGAGCUGGAACAUGAGGUGAAACGGCUCAAACAGGAGAACCAUAAGCUGCGAGAUCAGAAUGAUGAUUUAAAUGGACAAAUCUUGAGCCUCAGCCUCUAUGAAGCAAAGAACCUCUUUGCCACCCAGACCAAAGCGCAGUCUCUGGCUGCAGAAAUAGACACAGCCUCCCGUGAUGAGCUCAUGGAAGCCCUAAAAGAGCAGGAGGAGAUCAACUUCCGGCUGAGACAGUACAUGGACAAGAUUAUCCUGGCCAUUCUGGACCACAACCCCUCCAUCCUCGAGAUCAAGCACUGAAAGCAGGAGGCUGGCCAAAAGGCCUCCUACCCCAGGGGCCAGGGGCAAGCCUGCCUGAGGGUGCAGUCCAACAGGCCAGCAGACUGUCAGUGUAUCACUGGCCACUGGGGGACAUGUACACCUGUGUGAGGGAGGCUGUUCCCAGUGGGGAACGGGCAUGGCAGGGAGACUACACGGUUCAUUCACUUUGUCGUCUCGCUGCAGGAGUGCCCACUAUAGGAGUUCGUGUAAUAAGGUCUGGAAGCUUGUAAAACUGGAUGAAAUGAUUCUUCUACCUCUGGGUUAAGGAUUAAAACUACUCUAACAA